CAAAACGAAGCCCAAAAGGCGCAUAAGCCGAUGUGCGGCCGACUGCCGUACCAGAAUCAACGAUAAAACCAAAACCACACACCGCUCUGCCGCUCCGAUCUCUUCGCCGCCGGAGACAGCCACAGAGAGUUGUGUUCUCAAAGCGGCGCGGCCAUUGCUCGGAGGACUGUAGAGAUGCUGAAGCGGAGGAGGAGAGCGGUGGUGGAGCUGAGGAAGUUGCUCACCUGCGCCAUAUGCUUUAUAGCGCUACUAGCCUUGCUUUCUGUCCAUCUUCACUUUUUCCCCUCCUCCAAAGUCCCUGGCUUCUCCGAUUCUCACAAGCUCCCUGCGCAACAUGAAUUCAAGCACCAGAGGUUGGGCACCGAGAAUAGCUGGACUCAGGAGCUUGUUCCGCCUCAUUUGUCCAAAGCUCCUGUUGCUUCUCGCAAGUUGGGCAGUGGAAACUUGGUUUCGAGUCUGGACAAGCUAUGGAAGCCUCCAUCAAAUCGCGACUUUGUACCUUGUGUAAAGCCUAGUUCCAAUUAUACAUCUCCUGGGAAGUCGCAAGGUUAUCUCCUAGUUCAUACCAAUGGUGGACUCAAUCAAAUGCGUGCUGGGAUAUGUGACAUGGUAGCUGUGGCUCGUAUCAUUAACGCUACCCUUGUAAUUCCAGAACUUGAUAAACAAUCAUUUUGGCAGGACACUAGCAACUUCUCAGAUGUUUUUGAUGAAGAUUAUUUUAUCAAUGCUCUUGAUAAGGAUGUAAAAGUGAUAAAAAAGCUUCCUAAAGAAUUGGCUACUGCUACCAAGACAGUGAGGCAUUUUAGAAGUUGGUCUAGUAUGGAUUAUUAUGAAGAGGAGAUAGCUACCCUUUGGGGAGAAUAUCAGGUCAUUCGAGCUGCAAAAUCUGAUUCACGCUUGGCAAAUAAUAAUCUACCUUCCGAUAUACAGAGGCUCCGAUGCCGUGCUUGUUAUCAAGCCCUCCGUUUUGCACCUAAAAUUGAGGCCAUGGGGAAAUUUCUGGUGGAUCGAAUGAGGUCCCAUGGUCCAUAUAUUGCUCUACAUUUACGAUUUGAGAAGGAUAUGCUUGCCUUUAGUGGAUGUACACAUGAUUUAUCUCCUGCUGAAGCAGAUGAGCUAAGGAUGAUUAGAGAGAAUACUUCUUAUUGGAAGGUAAAGGAGAUUGAUCCUUUGGAACAGAGAUCCAAAGGGUUUUGCCCAUUGACUCCAAAGGAGGUUGGUAUAUUUCUUAGUGCACUUGGCUACCCAUCAAAUACUCCCAUAUACAUUGCAGCUGGAGAGAUUUACGGUGGUGAUUCACAUAUGUCCGAUCUGCAAGCACGGUAUCCAUUACUGAUGAGCAAGGAAAAAUUAGCAUCUGUUGAGGAGCUCGAACCAUUUGUAAAUCAUGCGUCUCAGAUGGCUGCCCUGGACUACAUUGUGUCUGUUGAGAGUGAUGUUUUUGUUCCUUCAUAUUCUGGAAAUAUGGCAAGAGCAGUUGAAGGUCAUCGGCGAUUUCUUGGACAUAGGAAAACAAUAUCUCCUGACAGGAAAGGGCUUGUUCGUUUGUUUGACAAACUUGAUCGAGGAACAAUGAGAGAAGGGAAAAAUUUGGCCAACCGAAUAAUUGAGAUGCACAAAAGAAGGCAAGGCUCUGCGAGGAAGAGAAAAGGUCCCAUUUCAGGAACCAAGGGCAUGGACAGGUUCCGCUCAGAAGAAGCAUUUUACGUUAACCCUUUGCCAGAUUGUUUAUGUCAAAGAGAAUUGUCAAAUGGGAAUAUGACUUCCAUUUUCAGAUAGUUCAACCGAAUAGCGAGACAAAAUGCUUCUGUAGCAAGAUGUACAGGCAGUUGAUGGGGUCACCGGUUUGUACAUCAUUACGGUAUGCCAGCUAUGGCGUGGCGGGGAUGACGAUGGUGUGUGUAUAACCUGAGUUUUGGUAGCUGGCGGUGGUAUACAAGGUUUGAUGGACAAUCCCCUUUACUCAGAGUAGGCUGAGGGGGAGGGGAGUAAUAGGAGAUUGGACAAAUUUUGAAAAGUUUCCGAGGUCACUCCAUUUGGGGGAAUGGGGGAAGGAGGUGGUUAAUAAGCAUAAUUGUUUUCAUGUUAUAGUAAAUUUAAUGCAAUAAUGUGGAAAGCAUUGAAGCAAUUAAAUUAAUUUUAUUUUUAACGAUUCUUUUCAUCCAAGUUUUUAUGAUUAGUUUUAGUGUUUCACUUGUUUUUCAAAUUGCAACUCUGGCUCUUUUAUCGGCUGGAAAACUUCGAGGCGAUUGUAUGAGGCCCAGUUUGGGCAGUUGUAACAUUCUCUUCCAUUACAAAGAUGAGCAGACAUAUGAAAUUUGAAUGCAA